AUGUCCGAACAGUCAGCGGCGGCCGCUGCCCGCCAAAAGCAGACGGCGCCGCCAGAGGACGGGGCGCUCGCGCAGCUGAAUGCGCGCAAGCAGAGGCCCCGAUCGGCUCGAGAUGCAGAGGAGUCGGCGGCGCGCAAGGAAGCGCGCAAGGAGAGGCCCCCAUCGGCUCCAGAUGCAGAGGAGUCGGCGCCGCCAGAGGACAGGGCGAAGCUGAAGGCGCGCAAGGAAGCGCGCAAGGAGAGGCCCCCAUCGGCUCGAGAUGCAGAGGAGUCGGCGCCGCCAGAGGACAGGGCGAAGCUGAAGGCGCGCAAGGAAGCGCGCAAGGAGGCGGCUCGAGAUGCAGAUGAAUCGGCGCUGCCAGAGGACCGGGCGCUCGCUGUGAAGCUGAAGGCGCGCAAGGAGGCGCGCAAGGAGGAGGUCCGAUCGGCUCGAGACGCAGAGGAGUCGGCGCUGCUAGAGGACGGGGCGAAGCUGAGGGCGCGCAAGGAAGCGCGCAAGGAGGCGGCUCGAGAUGCAGAUGAGUCUGCGAAGCUGAAGGCGCGCAAGGAGGCGCGCAAGGAGGAGGUCCGAUCGGCUCAAGAUGCAGAGGGGUCGGCGCUGCCAGAGGGCCGGGCGCUUGCGAAGCUGAAGGCGCGCAAGGAGGCGCGCGAGGAGAAGGUCGGAUCGGCUCGAGGCGUCGAUGCUGCAAAGGAGUCGGCGCCGCCAGAGGACCGGGUGCUCGAGAAGGGGAGGGCGAGCAAGGAGAGGCCUCGAUCGGAUCGAGAUGCAGAGGAGCUGGCGCUGCCAGAGGACCGGGUGCUCGAGAAGGGGGGAGUGCGCAAGGAGAGGCCCCGAGAUGGGGAGGAGCCCGCGCAGGAGGGGAAGCUGAAGAAGCAACGCGAUGAGGGCUUACCACAGGACCCUCGCACACGCAAGGCUCACCGUCGGGGUGACGCCAGCCAGCCCCCUGGGACCGCAACGCCACAGCAGAGUAAACGACUGCCGAAGGAGGACAGCUCUGCGAAGACGGCGAGGCCACAGGAGUGCACGGCGAGCUCCACGAAGGAAGCGAGGAGCGGUGAGGAGAUGAAGCCGACGGCCCUGAAGGAGCCCCCCGAGGACAGGGCAGCAGCCAUGGAGGCCCUGCAGGACGAGGCAGGGGCGGCCCUUGGCAACCAGCAGAAGGUCGACUUCAAGAAUGGCGAUGGCCCCGAGGCGGAAGGUUGCGCAUCCCACAUCAGUUCGUCCGAUGAAGAAGACGCUGAAGUGCAUCACACUGGAGGCUCCGCGACUGGCAGGGGCGAGAAAAACACGAGUGGAAAGGAUGAUGGAGACGGCCAUGGCAAGGCUGAGGGCGAACGCAUGUCUGACAGCGGCUCCGAGAGCGAGGAGGGCGGCACCGUCGACGCCCACGGCAAGAAGGCGGGCGAGAACGACGGCAAGGAUACGAUCCUUGCGGCGAAGAACCUUGCGAAGGCCCCCAACGAGUGGAAGCGGUUCGACAGGCUCUACAGGAACCCCGCGAAAAUGAAAUCGCUCAGGAAUGGAGAGUCCAAGCUCGAGCUGUUCCAGAAGUUUUUGGAGUGUGACUUCGACGAAGCUAAGUUCUUGGUGAAGAUGAACAAGGUCGCCGAGAUGCGGAAGUCCCGCACGGACAGCCUGAAGCUGUACACAGUGAGGCAGAUGAAGGAGGACCUCCAUUAUGACGAGGCCACGAUCAAAAAGGUGGUGGAGGUCAACGAGAAGAAGGGAUGGUGGCGCCCAGACAAGAUCAACCCGGACAACAAGGACCUGAGGAAGUACUUGGCCGAUUCAGGUGGAUCGGUGGACGCGACGAGCUCCUUGACUGAGAGUUUUGGAGUCUCGGCCGAGAUGGCGAUCGACGCGGACAAUGCCACCGACUUGCUCCACGCUGGCGUGCUGCAGACCGAGUCGUGGAUGGGAGAGCAGGGGAUCGACGAUGCCAUGGACCUCAUCCCUCGCGGCACGAUCAACGCGGACACGACGGACAAGGAGAAGCAGAAGGCAGAGAGGGAGGCCGCGAAAUUGGCGAAGCUCGCCAAGAGGACGCCGCUUGAAGUCGGCCACGACCUGCUCGACGAGACGAUCAACUUCGCGGCCGAUCUGGACAAGCACAGGUUGCGGUGCGAGGGCAAGUCGCUGGCGAGGCCCACCUUGGACGCCCUCGUGGCCCUGGAGAAGGACGUGAAAAAUAUACUCGCCGAUCUCAAGCAGAAGGUGGUGUGA